AUGAUUGCUGCCUGUAGAUAUUUUACUCGCAUUCAUCUUAGUGCUAAGACCCUCGGAACCGAAGUAAGAUGGGAGGUCGCAAUGUCUUUCAAUACGGUAAAGCUCUACAGAUCCAAAGUUGUCCUGCCCUUGGGAAUUUGCGGUUUUAGGUCUGACAUUAGCCUGAAACCACAGCUCGCCCAAGUCGGAAUAUGCCUUUACUCCCUCGCCAAUAUGUUCUCCCGGAUGGCUAUCUUGUGCACCUACCUUAGAUUCACCCCGCGUGAACAGAAGGUCAUGAGGGGUAUUCUGUUGGCGGCUCUGGUUAUGACAGGAACCUUGGGCGUCGGCACCGUUCUACUAGCUACAGUGUCUUGCUACCCACCACACCUGAUCAUGUACAACAGGGAUUUUAUGGAUAAGAUUCAUCGAAAAGAGCUCGUAUGCCUCGCACCGAGACAGGUAUUCUAUUGGAUGGGUAUCGGCAAUGUGGUGAACGAUGCAGUGACAUUUAUGAUGCCGUUCCUCUUACUAAGAAAACUGAAGUCCAAGAAGAUGAGGCAAGAGUUAUACUUCUUGUUCGGGUUUGGUUUAUUGGUCAUAAUCAUUAGCAUCAUCAGAAUACCCAUCGUUAGUGUGCUCAAAAAACAAGGCAACUUCAGCGCCCGAAAUCUGGUCAAAGUUUGGAUUUUUACCCAGCUCGAGUCAAACAGUAUUCUAGUUGUCGCCUCGAUCCCGACUCUUAAACCCCUUUACCGAAAACUUCGCGGCCUUCCUUCUGGCAUGACAGUCGUGAGUAAGAGUGCGAGCGGGGCACACUCUGGGCAAAGGCCGUACGAAAGCGAAGACAGGAUAGAAAUGUCACCACGAUUUCCGUAUAACAGAAAAAUAUCAUAUCCGGAUCCAGAUGAGUCGAUAUUAAGGGAUACGAUAUACCUUCCGUCUCCAGCUCAGGAGAGUACUCCAUCGGAGGGAAAUUGGACAAAUUCGGGUACAUCCUGUCGGGUCCUAUGUUAA